AUGACUUCCUGGCUACGUAAAUACGGCAAUCCUGUGCUGCUCUUCCUGCUUUUGGCCGCUAACAUCACCAGCGGGAGCUCUCGUUCCGGUGAGAGUGUGUGUUCGUCUCCUCCUGUCUCAUCAUGUUCAGAGUGCCUCCGACGCGGACCACGGUGUGCCUGGUGCUUUCAGGAGGGUUUCCUGGAUGGAGCUGAGGUGGGAGAGCGCUGUGACCUGGCAGUGACCCUGACCAGGAGAGGGUGUGGCCUAGAAUUCAUAGAGAAUCCAGAGGUCAUGGUGGAGGUCAACCCUACGACCAGCAGAACCCAGGUUUCACCUGGAGAGAUCACACUCACACUCCGACCAGGUGCUGAGGCCAGUGUGGUAGUAGCAGUCCAGCAGUUAGAGAGGUAUCCUGUUGAUCUGUACUACCUGGUGGACGUAUCAGCAUCCAUGCAGGACAACCUGGACCUGCUGAAGAAGGUGGGCGUGGCCUUGUCCAACCGUAUGAGAGAACAUUCCAGUGAUCUGCGUCUGGGUUUCGGCUCCUUUGUCGACAAAAACGUCUCUCCCUACAUCAACGUACACCCCUCCAAGAUAAACAACCCCUGCAGUGACUACGAGGUGAAGUGUCUUCCAGCUCAUGGCUUCCACCAUGUUCUUAGUAUGACGUCCAACAUGUCCGAGUUUACACGCAUCAUCAAGAGACAGAGGAUAGCAGGCAACAUGGACACACCUGAGGGAGGGCUGGAUGCUAUGCUGCAAGCUACUGUAUGCCAGGGAGAGGUGGGUUGGCGUGGGGAGGCCAAGCGUCUGUUGUUGUUGAUGACAGACCAGCCUUCUCACCUGGCGUUGGACAGCAGACUGGCUGGUAUAGUCACACCCCAUGACGGACUCUGUCAUCUGGAGAACAGUGUUUAUAUGAAGAGUUCUACCAUGGACCAUCCCAGUUUAGGCCUGCUGGCCGAGAAGCUUCUAGAGAACCACAUCUAUUCUCUCUUUGCCGUGGAACAACUACAAUAUCAGUGGUAUGAGGAGUUGGUCAGGUUGCUACCGGGCUCCAAUCUUCUGUUCCAGGCUCCCAACCUCAUAGACCGGGUAGUGGAUGCAUACAAGAGGUUGUUGUCAGUUGUCCAGGUAUCUGUGUCAGUGGAGGACAGAGCGUUCAGUCGUUUUCUGGUCAGUGUCUCUCCUCUUUGUCCGGAAGGAUCUGAAUCCCACGACCGCAGCUGUUCCAAUGUCCAGGCCAACCAGACGGUCUACUUCAACAUCACCAUCGGCCUGCUGUCCUGUCCUGACGAUGAUGACGAAGAUGACGUGGUCCAGGUCUUCGUCAGGCCCGUGGGUUACAACGAGUCAGCCGUCAUCAACGUUCGAUCGCGAUGUCGCUGUCACCGUUGCCACGACGACAUCGCCCACCAGUCGUCUUGUGGCGAGGACACCCCAGACACAGAUCAUAAUAAUCAAGAAGUCAACACACACACACACCUCUCACACACACACACCUCUCACACACACACACCGGAGUUGGACCUGGAGCACACACACUCCCAGGAGCGGUCGUGGCAGUGUGGUGCGGCGGCAUCGGGGCUGGACUGUAGCGGUCGGGGAGUGUGUGUGUGUGAGAGGUGUGUGUGUGAGAGGAACAAUCUGGGGACGGUGUAUGGAACGUACUGUCAGAUGGAUGACUACUCCUGCCCCUACCAACACGAAAUACUGUGUGGAGGACGAGGUGUGUGUGUGUCCGGUGAGUGUGUGUGUGAGGAGGGCUGGACAGGGGAGAGCUGCGGGUGCCCGGUCUCCACGGCAACCUGCCUGCUCAAUAACGGGUUGCUAUGCAGUGGGCGUGGCAGGUGUGUGUGUGGCAGGUGUGUGUGUGAUGACCAUCAACAUUCUGGAGAGUUCUGUGAGAGAUGCCCCACCUGCCACAGCUCCUGUCAGUCACACUGGAGGUGUAUAGACUGUCAUUUGUCUCACGGUCUGUCUCAGAGAAAGAUGGGGCAUUGCAACCAUACCUGCACCCCAUUGGUGGGUUACGUCAAUGAUGUCACAGGUGAUGUAUGGAGACAGUGUGUUCAUAUGAAAGACAACUGCCGCUAUCGCUUCUACACUGAACUGGUCUCAGGAAAUACUCAGCUACACAUCAACACACAGCCUGAGUGUGUAUCCAGAGGGCGGUACGUGGGGAUGUUUGUCAGUGUGUGUGUGUUGACAUUCCUCUCUGGCCUGGUGAUGAUAGCUGUACUGGUGUUGCUGUUGCAGAGACGAUCCCUGCCACAGGGUGGCGCCACCGACACACAAUACAACCCCACUGGCAAGGACCAGUCAUACAUCCCAACCACCAAUGAGAAGACCACAUCCUACUGGAGGAACUGCCCCCUGGACCAGCCAAUGGAGCUGUAUAUCACCAUUCCCAAGAUGCCUAUGGGUGAACCCUGGCAGUGAAGUUGUCUGGGGUUGAAGUUCAGAGGUUGAAGUGGGCCGGUGCUGACCGGUACAGAGAAGCAGCAUGUCUAAUGUUCUACUGCUUAUAGAAUACUGACUCUGAAAUAUGAAAUCCUUUAACAGUUAAAUUACAGUGAGUACAGUAACCUUUUUGAGUCCACUUCAAAACUGGACUGGGCAACACCCCAAAUAAGAGUCCUUUUUUUUGUGGCUUUAUGGACUGGCAGCCUUUGAAAGGUACAUCGAUCAUUGAUGUAUUUAUCAAUACUAAGUAUGCUUUUAUCACAGUGAACACUACAGGGUUACUAAUUUAUUGGAUCUCUCUCAUCACUGCUCAACCUAGGUGUCCUGUGUUAGCCUCCCACCUAGUGGUCGGUGGUGGAAUGACACACAGCAGAAUGUAUGGACAGAUGGAUGAGUGAAUGAAUGGUGGCCCUCACACACUUUAUUUUGUGUGUGUGUGUGUGUGUGUGUUUGUGUGCCUGACAUAACUGGAGUUUUUAGAGGACAGGUAGCCUCCAAUGGUUGUUACUGUACAGAAUGCAUCUAGUUUUAAUAUUUGAAGCAAGCAUUAGUUUAUUAAAUAGGCAUUAUUACUUGUUGUGGAGAAGAGAUUUGAGAUUUGUACUAGCAUCAUAGUGUUGCGUCAGACUACUGAGAAUGAAUUGACUCCUGAACUAUUAGGGAGGAGCUGAUUAACACCUGAACUAUGGGGUGACUGCUGAUUGGCUCCUGAACCACUGGGAAGGCUCCUGAUUGGCUCCUGUAGUGGGAAGGUUCAUGAUUGGCUCCUGAACGUUCCAUUUCUAUCUGCAUGAAUUCCAGAACUAUGAAGGAUAAUUAAUAAUACAUUGUUUAGGUUUUCUGUUUUUCUCCACAUCUGAUGUCUGAUGUCACAUCUGAUGUCUGAUGUGUCUGAUGUC